AUGGCAAGGAACGAACACGAUCCAUCCCAUCACAGUCUCCGCAGAUCAGAGUUGUCCAGGGGAAAGCGUGCGAAAAAUUUUAUUCACGAUGCUACGAAAGUACUAUUUGUUCGUCAUCCAUUUAAUCGUUUAGCAUCCGCUUAUUAUGAUAAAAUAGCUACAUUGAGAAUUCCAUCAGUUCAAGAUGCAAGGAAUAUUCAUGUAUCCCUGUAUGGUGAUAUACGUCGAGCAAUAUGUCGAAAAUUUGCUCAACAAUAUUUAAGUAUAAGUGAGUUAACAUUUUACCAACAACAACAAACAAACUCAAAAGAAUAG